GAGUAGAGCAAGUGCGCCUUUCUGUGUCUUCUUUUGUUCGGUGGUUUUGUUUCGUUCGUCGGGAUACUAGCUGCCGUGUUCGGGCCGAAUGGGAUCUACUUCUGCUUGUGAAAGUGAAAGUGUGAUCGAUUUUUUUUUCUGUGUGCAAAAGAAAGAAAGGAAAUAAUAAUUGAGAUUCAAUAAAUAGUGUUCUUGAAGGCAAAGUGAAAUCCUCUCCAAGUGUGUUCCGGCCGGUCUUCAACUGUUGAUCGCAGCGAAGCGAAAGAUUGAUUGAGGGGUGUAGCAGUUGGUUCUUCUUCUUCUUUCUACGGGAAUCUUCUCUAACGACUUCAACCGACACCAUGGUGAUGUCACUGUACCGGACUAUUAAAGGCCACACCGGGACCUACAAGCGCAGGAAGACUCGGGUGCUGGAUCGAAGCUUGGGAUCCCUCGAGGCCACCCUACCGCGUGAGAUGGUGUCACGGCGUAAAAUUUUGUCCCGUUCGCGGGACGACCUAAAUCUCGACUCGUCGUUCAUCGCCCAGGAGGAAGAGGAAGACGUCUGGUACCAGAAGGAGAAGCUCUAUAAGGAACACAUCCAGGAAGUGUUGGACAAAUGGACACAGAUCGACGACGAAAUCUGGGCAAAGGUGAUCGUUUUCGAGCGGAAUCGCCGCGUGGCCAAAGCCUACGCCCGUGCCCCAGUUCUGACCAUCAACGGGUCGGACGAUGGUUUCGACGGUAUGCGGAUCGGCCUAUGCGGCUUCGACAAUCCGAUGCGGGAUCACAAGACAGAGGAGGUGAAGAGACACGUCGGACAGGGUGUCAAAAUCAAAAUGGACGACGCCGGAAACAUUCUCAUCAGACGCUACUCCAAGAGCAACGUGUACGUCAAAAGCACAGCCAGUCAGCCAAAUGAGGAAACUGCCAUCGGAGCGGAUAUCCUAAAACUUCCCGGACAGGCCAUCGAGAGUGAGAAAAUUGUUAAGUUAUUUGAUAUGAAAAAGUUCCAGUCAAAUGUAAACCGAGAGCUGCGGCGUGCCUAUCCGGACCGCCGCCGGCUCGAGACCCAGUGCCUGUCGGCGAUCGCAUUCGGCAAAUCGGAAAACGACGUCCUGGACUGCCCGAUCUGGGUGCUGAUCAUCAACGUAGUCGCGAUGGAUAUGCUGAAGAGUAAACUACCUCCAGUUCAUCGCCCGGUCGACAUCAAAAAUCGCCCCCGGAUCCCGAUUCCGGACGAGGACCCGUACAGUGUCGCCGGCAACGGUGGCGGCAGCUCGGGAAGCUCCGGCUUCGGGGCCAGCGGUAGUGGCCUGGUCGGUUCGUCGCGGGACCAUCUGAUGCAGGGACCGGCAAUGCAGGGCCAGCGGCGCAGCGAGAAACCACCGAAGCUACCUCCGCGGGAUAAUCUGUACGCGUCGCACGAUAUUGUGAAGCCGGACUACGAUGACAUCGAGGACGAGAAUCGCGUCAAGCUGCCACGAGGAAAAUCAGACAAAGGCAAAGAUAAUAAGAAGUAUGACGAUCCCUACUACUGCGGACUGCGCGCUCGAGUGCCAAACUUUGUCAAAUCAUCCAAAUCGAAGGAGAACAACAACAACAGUAACGUGGCCAACAACAACAGCAACAGCAAGGAGAGUGCUGCCAUCUCCAAGCGUCUAUCGGUGGCCCAUCUGCAGCAUCCGUCGUCGCUGCAAUCCUUGCACCAGCUGCACCAGAUGCAUCCCCAUCACAGCCUGAUGGCCGCCCAUCAGCACCAUCAGCAACUCAUGUGGCAUGCCAGAAGCUAUGAGAGUGGAAUAGAUACCGACGUCGUCGAAUCGCCCUAUAGUCACAUGUACGGCCGGGUUCCGUUGCCGACGCGGGGCUACAUUCCGGCACCACGUGCCAUGUAUAUCGGCGAAUGGGAUUAGAAUGGAAACAAAAACGCUUACUCCACACGCGUUCAAGACUUAACAGAAUAGGACCCGGAACAACCAACCAGUCGCCAACGAGCCAGCCAGCCAAUCCGAGUCGAGCCUACCGAUCCAAAAACCCAAGAAUGGCAGUUCCGUUCCGGUUUACUUUGCUAAUUAAUUCUUACUCCCGGUUUAAAAUUUCGUACUUUCUCCUAACCUCCCUCUAACCUCGAUCCAUUCUGCUUGCUCGUAAGUGAAUGAUUAGUUCUGUUAUUAGUGUACAUAGUUAUGAAUGAUGAAUUAGGUUCUGGUUUGUGGUGUGAGUUGGAGUUUUUCUCCACACAACGGGCCACACAUGUCCCAGAAUUAGACUUUGACAACUUGAAAGCAAGCAAAUUUUGAACUUGGACAACGUUGACACGAUACUGCCAUGAAUCCCUUUAAAUAUUUGUUUAUUGUUAACCGCUCGUUCGGAAUUGAAAUUUAGGACAAAUGUGCGCACUGCAGACUAUAGUGCGCGUGUAAAUACAACAAAAUUAUUUAACAAAACAAAAUAUGACGACACAUCUUUCGGAAAUAGGAAACGAAAACAAAAUAGUUCUGCUGUACAUAUCCCUAUUAUCAUACAACAGUUCAAUGAUAAGAGAUGAAAGAUCACGUUGGAUCGUAUUUUAAGAGAAACAAUUUAUUUUACUGUCAUUUAUAUUAUUAAAGCUGUAAUCAAUGUACUGUACUUGUAUGACUAAGUUUUAACUCUCGCUGCAAGUGUUUAUUUCUUUAGUGGUAAGUCAGAGGAACUACUAACAAUGAACGACAGUGAAACUGCUUCCAAAAAUGGUGUAAAGAAACGAAAAUUUUUGGAACGGUGAGACCAAUCACGAUGGCAUAAUACUCAGAAAAAAUCAUGUACGCGUCUGUUUUUUAAAAGCUGUAAUCUAAGAGAAGCAACCGAUGCUUUUUUGACAUUUUGUGUGUCUCCAAACGGCCCAACUUUUCCGCACUGUCUUAACAACACUUGCAUGGAGACUUUCCACAUUAUUCUCGUUUUAAACAUGCACGUCAAUCUCAGCAAUCCAAAUAUUAUUGCUUGCGAUACUAAAAACUGGAUUCUAACCGCACUGCGCACUUACUAUUCUUCUAUUAAAUUCUUCUCAUAGACUGGUUAGUUCGACUGGUCUGUCUAUGAACUACUCUCUAUCACUUGAAAUACAUGUGUUUUGACAGCUCGCAGUUUUCAGUAGGAGUUUGAUCACUCGUACUUUGAUAGUGCGGAGUCCAGGUUGGUGGGAAGUGCGCACUAAAGUGGGCAAGGUCGCUGGAACCACUUCCAAAACAACCCAACCUUACGAGUUUGUAAGUCUUUGAUCUACAAAUCUUUACUCAUUAGGAACAUCAAAUUUGUACUCUAAUCUCUGUAUGCUUUCUGAUUGCUAAUACCUCCAUUACCUUGCUAGGUACCUGGUCCUCCAGAACUGAACUUACCGUAAGAAAAAUCACGCUCACUGCCUUACUCGAGGAGCUGAAAACAACAAAUGUCAAAAAAGCAUUGGUGGAAAAUAUACUUUUAACUAUUACGACUAUACCUAUGUAAAUAUAAUAGAAGUCUGCAGGCAUGAGAUUGCAAUAGCCUCAAUUAAUUUCUAGUUAAGCUGAGAUCUAGCUACUACAACAAACAACGGCAAGCCAUCGAAGCCUACUGAGGCCCCCUCUGGUCGAGAUCGGCUACAAGGCUUGUCACUUUUGUAAAUUUGCUCCUGAACACAGACGUAUAGGUACAUGCGUUUACCAUCUACCGGCAAUCUAGCCCUCUACGGUAAUUGUAAACGAUAGUUUUAAACCUUAUAGAGUAAGCUGCACUCUGAACAGAGUAAUCAGAAGCAUAGAACUUGAAUUUUAAGGUUACUGAGCGCAGAAACGUACGAUAACACGAGAGAAGAAGAUAUUUAUAAGUAAAAAACACUAGUUUUUCAUAUAUUGUUUGUUAUCUAGAUACUGGUGAAAGGAUCCAAAAUUGAAAUGAAGCAAUCACUCAAACCGUCUUAUUAGAGUGAGAGAAAGAAAGCAGUAAAAACUGAUUCCACUGCCCGAACAAUUAAGCAAUAUAGGAUAAGCUCUUUCGAAGAGCAACAUGCGUUGAUAGCGAGACGAGUUAAUAUGCCUUCUUGAACAGAGCAAAAUAUCGUUAUAAUGCCCCCACUCUUUAACUAAAAAAAAAGUGCACUGUUAAACGAGACCAGCAAAAUCUAUUCAUAUAAUACGAGUAAUUGUAUGUAAUCGAAGCAAACGAAUAAGAAAACUACUCUUUUGUAUAGGCCCUAAAUUUUCCCGUUCGACUAUGCUUUAUGGAUGAACUACGAACAAAUCCCAAGCGAAAAAAAACCAUACGCAGGCAAAUAUUAUUCAGUCGGCGGUCGAAUGAAGAAAAAAUAUACCCACACACACAUUACAAUUAUUACUACAUAUUAGUGAUUGAUUGACGAUUGUAACUUAGUGAAAAAGUGAAACUUAUCGAAUGAAUUGAAUAUGAAAAGUAUUUUAAAAAUAAAAUUUAAAGACAACCCA